CAUACGGGCACUUGCUUUACCGGACAGUCCGAAGUAAGGUCGACGACAAUGGAGAUGGAAAAAAGAAGCAAAUUGCAAUGUGAAACGGGGCCAUGCAUCGUGGACCCGACAGACGGGCGGUUUAUAAACUUGGGAGAUCGAGGCGAGGUAUGUAAGACUUUAGAUGCGGCAGUUGACAGUUUAUAUAACAGGUACCUAAGUUAUAAGUUAUACUUAUACUAACUAAUAUGUGUUUAUGUUAGGCACUUGCGCUUAAAGAGAGAAUGAAGUACCAUUUGAUAGAGACGUGCAACAAGGAAGUUAAGCGGUCCACUUGCAUUCGGGAUCUUGCAGUAGCGCCAAAGCUUGAAACCUGGGGCAAACCCGCCUGUUUGGAUUCAAGUAUCGAGGAAGUAUUACAAACUCUUGCUCAAUAUUUUGGAUUUGAAGAUCCAUGGUUGGAUGCAUUCCUCGUUACUCAUGUUUCGCAACCAUAUCUCUGGGACGGUCCUCUAUUAGAUCAAGGCGAAGGAGACGGCCGUGGGGCCAAUAAUGGUCCCUGUGGAACUUCACAGGACCAUUCAUACCCGCCUCCAGGUUCCAGCGGAAACCCCAGGAAACAACGCAAUAAAAGGGGCGGCGGGGAUCAUCCGGAGCGGCAACCCCAAAAGCGUCGUUCCAUCGCAUCUGCCUCGAGCCGGGGUGAGCGUAAGCGGCGGUAUGCGUGUCCCUACUUUCUCCGUGACAAUUCGGCAUAUUUCCAAUGUCUCGGUUAUCAUCUCCACCGGGUCGGCGAUGUGCGGCAGCAUUUACUUCGACAACAUCUGCAGGAAAUUCAUUGUCCCCGGUGUGGGCACAUAUUCAAGGGGCAAACCAACAACGUUGACCGUGAUCGGCAUCUCAAUGAAAACAACUGUGACACUCGAGUCUUUAAUACUCCUCCUGGGAUGACAGUUGAUGCUGUUGAUAGGAUGAGAGAAGCAGCUAGCGGAUCCAGCACUCGCGACGACGCAGCGAAGUGGUUUGAAAUUUGGGACUGCAUCUUCCCAGGAAUUCCGCAGCCUAUAUCUCCAUAUCUCGAUGACGGUGUCACUAUCACAUCAUAUCUCAUCGAAGAAUACCAAAACCAGCCCAAUAUCCAUGUUGCAACGUUACUCUCGCUGGUUCCUCCAGCUCCAGCUAUGCAACAGGAGGCCUACGGGCACAUAUGUAACAUGCUCGCCGGUAUUCCCCCUUACUUCACGCAUCGGAUGGGAGGCUCUAUCAACCACAGUCAAGGCAAUGAAUACGUUCCGAGAGACGUUCUUCCUCAGUCGCCUAUCAAUCCGAAUGUCCAUCCGAACUUAUCAUUGACGCUCCCUCAAUCAAUCAUAGCCCCGCAAGAUUCUGUGUAUAACUCUCCUGAGAACCAAUUACCCCCUAUAGACGAAAAUGGAGGUGUCAGCCCUUACAACUUAUUAACCAACCCCGGUUGGCAGCCUACCUCCUGGCCGGGUAGUGAUUAUGUACCUAAGGUACCGGACAAUUAGCGCUGAAUAUGCGGGGUUAGCGUUUUGAAAUGACGAUAUUGUGGGGUAGUU